GAGGAGGGGGAGGGGGAGGGGGAGGAGGAGGGGGAGGAGGAGGGGGAGGAGGAGGGGGAGGAGGAGGGGGAGGAGGAGGGGGAGGAGGAGGAGGGGGAAAAGGAGGAUGGGGAGGAGGAGGAGGAGGAGGAGGAGGAGGAGGAGGAGGAGGAGGAGGAGGAGGAGGAGGAGGAAGCGGAGGAGGAGGAGGAGGGGGGGAAUGGGGAGGAGGGGGAGGAGGGGAAGGGGAAGGGGGAGGGGGAGGAGGAAGGGGGGGAGGGAGCAGAAGGGGAAGCGACAAUGAUGGCGGCACACGCAGGGGAAGCAGCAGCAGCAGGAGCCGAGGAAGCCAAGGAAAGGGGGGAGACGCAGUUAAAGGCGGAGGCUGAGGCUACAGUUCAAGUGGCGUUGCCAGAGCGGCCUUUCGAACCACAGCACGCAGCGCAAGGGGCAGCAGCAGCAGCAGCAGCAGCAGCAGCAGCAGCAGCAGCAGCAGCAGCAGGAGGAGCAGGAGGAGCCGAGGAAGCCAAGGAAAGGGAGGCGGCACAGUUGAAGGCGGAGGCUGAGGCUACAGUUCAAGUGGCAUUGCCAGAGCGGCCUUUCGAACCACAGCACGCAGCGCAAGGGGCAGCGGCAGCAUCAGUAGCAGCAGCCGAGGGCGCUAAGGAAGGAGAGAAGGCGCAACUAGAAGUGGAGGAUCUGCCUGGUCUUGCAGAGCCUGCCCGUGAACAUUCGACCAGACCUUUUCUUUUGAGGCAGGAGGAAGUGCAUACGGCUGUAGCAGAGGGGGCGCGUUCACCUGCUGCUGCUACAGCUGUCGCAGAGGGAGUUACUGUGCUGGCAGCCCAUAGGGGUGCUAGUCUAUCUGUGCGCCUGUUUGGCUCUUCGCUUAUGGAAGGCUCACUUGUGGAAAGAAGGCAAGAGGAAGGCAAUUUUCCCACUCCUGCUCCUGCUGCUGCUUCUGCUUCUCCUCCUGCUGGUGCUGCUGCUGCUGUAAGUCUUGAAGCAAAUGUUGUAGCAGCACGAGCAGCAGCAUCUGUGCCUGAGAAAGUACCAACAGCAGCAGCGGUAUCCGUGGAACCCUCCUCUGCUUCCACAUCCGAGACUGGACAAAGUCAAUUAAGUCAACAGCCCGCACACCUCAAGGGGAGGGGGCACCUGGGGGAGGCGUUAUCAUCUGAUACAUCAGGCAGGGAGGAAGGGCGCGGAAGAGCUGUGACAAGAGCAGGGCGGCGGGGGAAGCGGAAGGAGCGAGAAGCACGAGGGGAGAGGGGGAGGGGACGAGGGGGCGAGGGGAGAAGCGAGGGGGAGAGGGGCGGAGGGGACGGAUUAAGGGGAGAGGAGUUAUCAGGUGGAGGGAGGGGAGGAGGGGGGAGGGCGGAAACGGAUACAGUGGAAAGUUGCCGACAGCAGGAUUUGAAACCUGAACCUCAACCAUCGGCACCACAGCCACCAACAACACCACUCGAAUGCGAAGCAGGGGAGGAAGCGAUGCAGCUGACGAUCUUCUAUGGAGGGAUGGUCCACGUGUACCAGGACGUUCCUUCCGACAGGGCCCAGGCAAUCAUGCUAUUGGCUGGAUCAAGCACCACCUCCUCCUCCUUCCCUCUCCACCCAAACCUCCUCACCGCUCAACACUCCUCCAUCUCCACCCCUCGCAGCCCUCUCCCUUCUCCCUCCACCCUCACUCCCCCACACCCCUCCUCUCUCCCUUCACCCAGCCACCCUCACUCACCAGCCUCUGGCCCUUCCUCCUCCUCUGCCCAGUUCCUUUCAGCGCUGCUCUCUGCUCCGCCCCUCUCCUCCCUCCCCUAUCCUUCUGCUCGUUCAGUCUCUUCUCUGUCUGCUGCUCCCUUUUCGUCGCCCUCUGCUGCUCCCUUCUCUUCUCCAUCUGCUCCUCCCCUCGCCUCCUUGUCGUCCCACCCAUUGAGAUCUGUGGAAGAGCAAGAGAGGGGGAGGGGGGUUCUGGGGGGAACAGGCACCGGUGGUGGUGAUGCUGUUACUGUUACUGCUGCUGCUGCUGUUGGGAGUAGCGGGGGCGGUAGUGGUGAUGAUGGUGAUGGUGAUUCGGCAAGAGAACGAGAUUCUGUUCUACAGCAACUGCAGCAUCAGUAUUACAACUGGCAGCAGCAGCAGCAGCAGCAGCAGCAGCAGCAGCAGCAGCAGCAGCAGCAGCAGCAGCAGCAGCAGCAGCAGCAGCAGCAGCAGCAGCAGCAGCAGCAGCAGCAGCAGCAGAAACAGCAGCACCAACAACAGCUGCAGCAGCAGCAGCAGCAGCAGCAGCAGCAGCAGCAGCAGCAGCAGCAGCAGCAGCAGCAGCAGCAGCAGCAGCAGCAGCAGCAGCAGCAGCAGCAGCAGCAGCAGCAGCAGCAGCAGCAGCAGCAGCAGCAGCAGAAGCAGCAACAGCAGCAGCACCACCAACAACAACAACAGCAGCAGCAGCAUCCACACCAUCCCAGCCCCCACCAACAUCCUUCUGCUAACAUCGCCUCUCACUCGCUCUCUCACUCUCCCUCUCCUCCCCGGGCCCACUUCCACACCUCCCCCUCACCUUCACCUUCUAUUGCACCCACGUCCCUUGCACCCACCGUGCAUGUGUACGUUCACAUGUCUCUAGAGGAGCUAGGAGGACCCGGAGGAGGGGGGGGGAAAGAGGAGCCGAGAGGGGCUGGAGUGAUUGCAAGAGUGGCUGAGAGGGAGAGAAGAGGUGUGGCUGAUGGAGGGGGGAGUGGAAGCAUGAGUGGGAGUGGGAGUGGGGGUGGGAGCAGGAGUGCGAGUGGGAGUGGGAGUGGAGGGAGGGGGGGUAGUGGAGGGAGUGGGGGUAGUGGCGGCAGUGGGAGUCGUGCAUAUGCAACGAUCAACAAAGCAAAGGCGGGGGAAGGGAUCCGCGGAGCGAUGGGGGGAGCGGAAGGGGGGAUGGACGGGAGCGGAAGGUUUGAGAUAGUGGGGGAGCUGACGGGGGGGCUGGCGGCGGUGGUGUGGGCGCCAGACGAGGAGGAGGUGGCGGUGGUGACUGGGGCGGGGCGAUUGCUCACUAUGACUAGCGACUGGCAGGGCCUCUCAGCCAAUCAACAGCUGCCACCUGGCACGUACGGCCCAGGGCCUGCUGCGUGGCAGCCAGCUGGCGCGCUGAUAGCCGCUGCUGCCUGCAAGUUGGAGGAGGGAAAGGGGGAGGAGAGAAAAGAGGAGGAGAGAGGAGGGAAGGAGAGAAGAGGGGAAGAGAGGGCGAGGGGUGGAACAUCGGUUCUGCCUGUUGAAGACGCCUCGUUUCCUGAAGCUGGGUCGGUGCGGCAGGUGGGAGGGGCAGGGCGGGGGAAAGGAGAAGGAGAGAAGGGGGGAGGCGGAGGAGGAGGAGGAGGAGGGGAUGCAAGUCUGAGGGCAUCAGCAUCAGCAUGCGUGCAUGAAAUUGUGUUCUUUGAGCGAAACGGGCUCGAGAGAAACCGCAUGCAGCUGGCAGGGCUGCCCCGCCCACAGCCGGAAUUGAACCCGCGACCUUUCAGUUGUCAUUCUUUCCUAGCUGGCGCUGGUUGCCCCUGCUGUGGCUGCCACGUGGCAGCAAUUGACUGGAGCAGCGACUCCCAGCUGCUGAGCGUGGCAGUGGAGACCCGUGAUUGGCUGGCCGUUCAAGUAUACUACCGAUGCAACUACAAGUGGUAUUUGAAGCACGAGUGCCGCACCAACAAGACCCACCCCCACCUAUCCGCACCCGCUCCCUCCCUACCCUCUCUCCCCCUUCUACCUUCUUUCCUCUGGCACCCGGAAUCCCCCUCCUCCGCCCUCUCCUUCUCCCCCCUCGGGAUCAUCUCAGCCGUCCAUUUCAUCUGUACGGCUGGCGCUCUUGCACCCGGCAAUCCCACCGUUGCUGUGAUCGACGGCCAGGAUUUGAGGAUCUCGUCGCUGCUGCUGCAUGGGGGGAACGGGGGUGCAGGGGGAAGGGGGAGCGGGGGGGGCAGGGGGGGAAGGGGAGGACUCAUACCCCCGCCGUACUGCCAUAGGGUGGAAGGAUUUCCGGCUGCUGUGGUGGCGGUGGCGGGUGCUGAGCUGGCAGGUGGUGACGUGGCAGGGUUUGAUUGGUGGGAGGAGAGCGGCGAUGUGGUUGGUGUGCAGAGUGGUACGGAGGGGUGUGGAGCAGUCCAAAAGGCCUGGCUCUCCCCCUCCCGCCUGGUGGGAGUCAUUGCCGCCACACCACAGAGUGAAGGAACUCUCGAGCAGGGCGCAUCUGGUUCUGUUGACUCGGUUGACUUUGCUGACCUGCUGGUAGAGUUGGAGCUGAGGCGAGGGAAGGGGGGAGGAGAGAGUGGCAGUAUAAUUGGAGUGGAGAGCAGCAGUGAGAGUGUGUGUGGCGGCAUGGUGGGGUUAAGAAGGGGUGGGGAGGGUAAGGAGGUCCAGAGAGCAGUGAUGAGUGUGGUGGGGGUGCUGAGGCUGAAACAGAAGGUAGUGGGUAUGGCCCGCGGCACUUGCGCUGCUGUGCACACUGUUUCUGCACCGGCUGCUGCUGGGCUGAAGGGAGGAAACGCAGUGGAAGAGAGGAAAGAGCAUCUGUAUUGGCAGCAGCAAACGGCGCAGCAGCAGCAGCAGCAGCAGCAGCAGCAGCAGCAGCAGCAGCAGCAGCAGCAGCAGCAGCAGCAGCAGCAGCAGCAGCAGCAGCAGCAGCAGCAGGAGGUUGUUAAGGGUGGGUCAUCGGUCUUCCUAUCUCUCGCUGACGGUUCCCUCCUUCACUACCUCUCCUCCUCCACCCCCUCUGCCUCCUCCACCCCCUCUGCCUCCUCCACCCCCUCUGCCUCCUCCACCCCCUCUGCCUCCUCCACCCCCUCUGCCUCCUCCACCACUUCCUCUGCCUCCCAUGCACCCUCUUCCACUUCCCCCUCUCCCUCGCCCCUCUCCCCAUCUUCAACGGACCUGGUGCUCCGGUUCCCCGAGCCUUGCCCUUGGUUUGCUGUGGUGGAGGCGAGGGUUCAAAUCCAGCCGUCGUCUUCAUCAAGAUUGACUGCAGAAUUAUCAACAUCAACAGCAGCAGCAGCAGCAGCACCUGUGGUGGUUCUAUGUGUGGGGCGAUCGCACAAAGGGCGUCUGUAUGUAGGUUCUGCCACUCUUCCUGGUAACCCAACAACUGGAGUGGUAACCAGGUUACCACAGGCACCUGAUGCCACGGCAGUGUGUGGCGACUGCUCGUCCUUUGUGCUCCACUUCAUGGCAGUUCCCAAGGCCCCCGGAGUUCCCAAGGCUGAUUCAGCGCACCAAUCAGAGCCUAAGAAGGCAUCCCAGGCCUUAUCCCCAUGCCAUGUCAUCACUCUUGUCUUCACUACAGUGUCGGGCGCUAUAGUCACACGGGACCUGCUUGCUUUGUCUCUAGAGGCGGGUUCUGGUUCCCAGGGAGCACCUGGAGGCGCAGGUGGUUCUUCAGGUGUUUUCUCAGGUGCUUCUGUUGCGCUCCCAGGUGCACUCCCAGGCAGGGUGUCGGAGGAGGGGACGAGGGCAGGAGUGGGCGGGCCGGCCGGCAGCAGAAAAGGACAAAAAGGGAAGGUGUCGUCAUCAUUGCUGUCUUGUCCUUUGUGGGAAGGGGGGGCGGUCCUGGUGGCAGGGCUUGGCCGGCUGAGAGUGGGAGGGGAUGAGAGAGUGGAGAGGGGGGGAGAGGACGAGGGGGAAAAGGGAGAGGAGGAGGAAGAGGAGGAGGAGGAGGAUGGGGAGGGGGAGCCGGCAGUGGUUCUCCAAGCGACACGUGGCAGUCUGGAAUCGGUCUACCACCGGGCGCUCGUGCUCCGGGCGGCGGGGCUGCUGCUGAGUCAGCGCCGCUUCCGGGCGGCUGCUGAGCUGGCGCGCCGGCACAGGCUGGACCCAAACGUGCUUGUGGAUUUCGGCGGGUGGAGAUCAUUUGCUGGUUUGGGAGGGAGAACGACAUUCAGCGGGGAGCAGAGUGAAGCGGCCUUGAAUGGGGUGCAGGGGGGAGUGGUGGGCAGUAGUGGGGUGCAUGUGGGUUCUGGGACUAGUGGAGCGAGGGAGUUUGUGCGGCAGGUGGGAGAGCAGGGGCUACGGCACGUGAGUGAGGUGAUCUAUGGUCUGAGAGAGGAGGAUGUGGCAGCGAGAGGGGGAAUGUAUGGUGAGGUGCUGGCGGGGAUGAGAGGAGAGGUAGGAGAAGGGGGAGGGGAAGGGGGAGGAGGGGGUGGAGAGGGAGGAGGUGGAGAAGGGGAGGGGGUAAAAGGCAAGGUGACAGCUGUGUGCACGGCUCUCCGGGCGGCGCUAGAAGACGUGCUGCCGCCCGGCGCCGUCCGGGACACGUGUGUGCUGAGCACGUAUGCGUGCAGUGUGCCGCCCAGGCUGGAAGAAGCCCUGUUGCGCAUCAAAGCAAAGCGGAGCUCUGAUGAUCAAGUGGUUUUGUCUAAAGACAGGUCAAAAGAUGAGCGUGCGGGUCUGACAAAAGAUGAGCGUGUGGAUGGGUCCUGGUCUGCACCUACUCGCCAACCUGCAGUUCAACCUGAACCCACUCGCCCCACCCCUCUCCUCCUCGCCCUCUCAGUGGAAGCUUCCUUGAAGCAUCUCAUGUGGCUGACCUCCCCAGAUCACGUCUUUAACUCCGCAUUAGGCCUCUACGAUUUAAACCUCGCUGCUUUAGUAGCCGCCCACGCCCAGUCCCAAAAAGACCCCAAGGAGUUCCUCCCGAUCCUCCGAGGCUUGGCCGCCGAGCCUCCGCCGAACCGGCGGCUCAGGAUCGAUGUGAGGCUCGGGAGGCUGGAAGGGGCGGUUGGCCAGCUGGUGGCCUCUGAUUCGCCGCUGAUGGUAGCGUCCAAUUCGCUGUUGGUAGGGAGAGGAGAGGAGGGGAAGGGAGAGGAGGAAAAGAAAGAGGAGCAAGUGAGGGAGCAGGGCAAGGGAGAGGGGAGUGAGGCAGCAGGGCAGGAGGCGAGGAGGCUAGUAGAGGAGGUAAUGGCAUUGCUGCGAGCACACCCUGAUAGACUGUUUCCUGUUGCUGCUGCUGCCACUGCCACAGCUAUCGCCUCUCACCCCUCCCCCUCAUCCUCCUCUUUGUCAGAUUCCUCUGCUGCUUCUCUCGCUGCUUCUUCCACACCUACCAUUGCUUCGGUCCGAACCUCCAUUCUCAACCAAUGGGCAGAGCACCUCUUUUCCCGAGCCUCCGAGGCCUCGCUUCCCGAAGCUGCGCUUCUCUUUACCGGAGCUAACAACCUGCCUCGUGCGCUCCAGGCCUACCGCCAGGCUGGGCAGUGGCGCAAGGCGCUUACCACUGCAGCCAGGCUCGGAUUCCCCGAACCUGAGGUUCGGAAACUCGCACAGGAGCUUCGGGAAGAGCUUGUCGAGGUUGGGAGGAGGGCAGAAGCUGGGCGGCUGGCGAUUGAGUACGAGGGGGAUUCGGGCGGCGGAAUUCGUCUUUUAGUGGAGGCGCAUUGUUGGGAGCAGGCAGCGGAGGAGGCGGGGAGGAGUGGACAGGUGUCGCUUCUUGAUUCGCUGAUCGUUCCAGCAUCAGUAGAAGCAGCAAGGGGCAUGCUAACAGACAUGGAUGAAACACAGGGGAAAUUAACAGCCUAUGUUCGCCGGUUCGGUGCAGUGCGGUGCAAACGGGUGCAGAUGGAGGAGAAGCUCAAGGCCGAGAGGUUGGAGAGGGAGGAGGUGGAGAGGAGGAGGAGGGAGGAGUAUGGGGAGGAGUAUGGGGGAGGGGGGAUGGGGAUGGAUGAGGCUUCAGAAACUGCAUCUAUGGCAUCGAGUGAUGUGGGGAGCAUGGCUAGCGGCGUUACUGGCUUGAGUGCCUACACUGCAGGCUCUUCGUCUCGUGUGAGCACGGCCAGUGGAUGGACCGCCACGAGCAAGAAGACGGGUGGUAGGGCGGCCAGGAGAAAACAACAGAAGGCCGACAAGGGGAGGCGGAUUCGCGCUGGCAGUCCUGACGAGGAGCAAGCAUUGGUCGAGCACAUUCGCAUGCUCGGCCCCUCCUCCCAAACCUUGGAGGAGGUUCGGCAGCUGCUGGAGCUGCUGACAGGCUCGGGGCACGAGCCUUUGGCUCGGAGGCUUCAGGCGCGGGUGGGGGCUAUAAUCGCCACUCAUACGGCAGCUGUUGCGGAGGUGGAAGCAGCUCUUAAAGAGGAUAGACUGAAGGCAGCGGUAGAAGCUGAGGGGGUUUUACAUUCCAAUGCUGCUGGAGAUGCUGCAGCAGAAGCGGGUUUGGCUUCUUCUACAAAGAAAGACGUGAAAUGGAAGUGGGAGGUCCUAGAAGGCAUUUAA